UACUUGAGAACAGAUACACAUGCUGCAGUUUUACGCACGUCCUUAAAAGCAGCGCAUCUCGGUGUUCGUACGAGCUUAAUCUCUCCCUCGACUGGCUUGUGUUAGGUUGUGUUUUGCUCUUCCUGGUCUGAAGUCCCCGUGACAAGUUUCUAGUUACUAGGAAAUACUAAGACGAGAGAUGGCCAGAGUUCCUGUGGCCAUACAGGUGGUGGCGGCCGUGCUCGCUCUCCUGCCCUCGGCUUCCCCGCAAGAGGCCCCGCCGCCGUGGGGAUGGACGUGUGACGAGGGGGUCUGCGUGAAGGGCGCCGCCACGGACGCCACGACCUCCCUGAACCAGUGCAAGCUGACCUGCGCCCCGGAGAGCGUCGUGUGGCCUCGCCCCGCCUCCAUCCUGCACUCCUCGGAGGUAUCCUUCUUCCUGCCGACCAACGUUACACGGAGGGUGUCGUGCCAGGAGGCGGUGUGUCCCCUCCUGGACCAGGCGAUUGAUCUCUUCCUGGACAACCUGCAGAGGUACCACCCCGACUACGCCGGCGGGUCUGCGCCUUGGGAGGGCCCUUGGGACGUCAGCAUCGUCUCUCACACUCUCGAUCUGGACGUGACGAUCUGGAACGCUGACGAUCGCCUCCACUUGGACACUGACGAGUCGUAUCAGCUGUUCGUCACCACCAUCGCCGACAAAACGAACGCACAGAUCGUGGCUGCCACCUUCUUCGGCGCUCGCCAUGCUCUCGAGACGCUCUCCCAGAUGGUGGAAUACGAGGAGGGUGUGGACGCUCUCAUGGUGCUGUCAACAGCCACUGUGGAGGACGUUCCCAAAUUCCCCUACAGAGGGAUCCUCCUGGAUACCUCGAGGAACUUCUUCAGCGUGAAGAGCAUCGAGCAGACGCUGGACGCCAUGGCGGCCAACAAGCUCAACACCUUCCACUGGCACAUCACCGACUCCCACUCCUUCCCGAUGCAGCUCGAGACCCUCCCCAACAUGGCCUACUACGGCGCCUACAAUUCUCGAUACAUCUAUUCCACUGCCGAUAUUCGGAACCUGGUGGAAUACGGGAGAAUCCGGGGCAUUCGCGUCCUGCCGGAGUUCGACGCCCCCGCCCACGUGGGCAACGGGUGGCUGUGGGGAGAGGAGCAGGGGUUGGGCAAGCUCGCCGUCUGUGUUAACCAAGAGCCUUGGCAGUCCUACUGCGUGGAGCCUCCAUGCGGGCAGCUCAACCUGGCCAACCCCAACAUGUACGACGUCCUUGGCCAGAUCUACAACGAGAUGGUGGAGCUCUUCAGCCCGAUCGACCUCUUCCACUAUGGAGGAGAUGAGGUGAAUCUCAACUGCUGGAACACCACGGACGAGAUCACCAGCUGGAUGGACGAGAACAACUUCGGCCGCGACGCCGACGCCUACUACAACCAGUGGAGCGUCUUCCAGGAGAAGUCCCGCCAGCUCCUCACCACCGCCAACGGCGGCAACGAGGUUCCUGGCAUCCUGUGGACGUCCCACUUGACCGAGGAAGGCCGCGCCGACCAGUACCUCGACCCCACUAAGUACAUCAUUCAGAUCUGGACGACCGGGACGGACAAGCUCAUCGGGGAGCUUCUGGAGAAGAACUUCCGCGUCAUCUUCUCCAACUACGACCACUGGUACCUGGACUGCGGCUUCGGGGCCUGGGUCGGCGAAGGCAACAACUGGUGCAGCCCCUACAAGGGGUGGCAGGCCGUGUACGACAACAGUCCCCUCGACAUCGCCACUGACCUGACCGGUUCAGCUCACGAGGAUCUCAUCCUGGGAGGCGAAGCCGCUCUCUGGACGGAGCAGGCGGACGAGAUGGUGCUCGACGCCAGGCUGUGGCCCCGCGGAGCCGCCCUUGCCGAGCGCCUGUGGACGAACCCGAGCCACAACUGGGAGCCGGCCGAGACCCGCCUGAUCCACCAGCGGCAGCGUCUGGUGGCGAGAGGCAUCAAGGCCGACCGCAUCCAGCCCCAGUGGUGCCACCAGAACGAGGGCCUCUGUUACCUCAAAGGCGUCCACCAAGGAUGCCAGGCGAUGGGAGACGCCGAGGGUGCUGACGUAACCGAGGCCUAAGGAACACUGAAAACUUUUUGGAGCGUUUCUCGGAAUGUACGAAGAUCGAGCACGCACGAGGUGCUUCGAGUUUACAUAAUCAUUGGAUAUUUGUCAUAUGAACAUCAUGGUGACAUGCCAUUUAAUGUAAGAUGCACAGCAGAGACGAAUUUUUAUGUACGGCAUCUCGAUAGUGAUAUAAAAAGUAAAAUUAUCUUUUCUGA